AUGCGCCAGAAUCUUCUCGAAGUAAUAGGUAAAUGGACAAAUGUUGAAGGUCCGGUUGUUUACAAAGGUAAAUGGAAGGAAACUGAUCUCUCUGAACUAAAGAAAUUUAUUGAACUGAUUAUUCUUAUAGGCGUUUAUAAAUCUAAACAUGCAAAUGUCACACAGUUAUGGAGUCAAGAAGAUGGCCACCCAAUAUUCAACAAAAUUAUGAGCCGGAGAUUUCAACAGAUUUUACAAGUAUUGCGUUUUGAUGAUGCUAGUGCAGAAAGAAAAAAGAGAAAUGAUGAUAAAUUGGAGCCCACAAGAGAAGUAUUUGAAAUGUGGAAUCAGAAUUUGCAAGAUGGAUAUGUUCCAAGUUCAUGCAUGACAGUUGAGGAACAAUUAGUUUCAUUCAGAGGGCGCUGCCCAUUCCGGGUAUAUAUUCCUUCAAAACCAGGGAAAUAUGGAAUUAAAAUUUGGGUAGUAUACGACAGUGAAACAUCUUAUGUCUGGAAAAUGCAAAUCUACACUGGAAAAGACCCAGUAAAAGGAAGAGAGACAAAUCAAGGUUCAAGAGUUUUUGGAGACCUAGUAAGAGAACUUGAAAAUACUGGUCACAAUAUAACUUGUGAUAAUUUUUUUACAUGUCUAGUAUUGGCUCGAAAGCUGCUUAGCAAGAAACCUACUUUAGUUGGAACAAUUAGAAAGAACAGAGUUGAACUUCCAAGUGCUCUCACAAAUGGAAAAAAGGAUUCUAUGAUCCUAUGA